CUACUCGUACCUGCUUCUUGAUUUCAAGUCUCGCGCUCUCUUGGCUCUCUUGGCUCUCUUUCCCAUCGAGAUGCGACACGAACGGGAAGCUACGCCUUACCGCACACCUACACAUUUGAGGACUGCCGAAGGCGGUAAAACGACAGGCGCGGUGCAGCACUUGGCUGUUCAUCCGAUUAGCGAUGACCCUUUGAUGUCGUCAUCGAUAUUGACUUCGGUCUCUUCCAGCAACAGGCCAAUACGUCAUAGGCACAUAAGUAAACAAAAGCUCACGAUGUGAUCUAUAAAAGUGAAAACGCAUUUUCAAACACUCCUCUAAUUGAUUCAUAUCCUCCAAACACCUGAAUUACUUCAACUCUCUGCAAUCAGUCACCGAGAAAAUCAACCGAGGAACCCAACCCGAAAACUCUAGCUGAAUCACCAGAUAUCGGACAAAAUGACGGACAAGGGACAAUUCGAGAGUGGCCACAGGAUCCCGGUCUCUCAUCAGAGCUUCCCCGGCAAGGAAACCGAGAUGCCGAACCCGCAGCCUCUGUGGGAUGAGAUUCCAACCGCUGACGGGAAGAGCCAGAAGUACCGCGCUGCCGGCAAGCUCAAGGGCAAGAAGGCUAUCAUCACCGGAGGCGACUCUGGCAUUGGCCGCGCAAGCGCCAUCCUCUUUGCCAUGGAGGGAGCCGACUCACUCAUCGCAUAUCUUCCCGAAGAGGAGGAGGAUGCGCAGGAAACCAAGAGAAGGGUCGAGGCGUACGGUCAGAAGUGCUACUUGGUCUCUACGGAUCUUCGCGACAGGGAGAACUGCAAGAAGCUGGUUGACGAGGCUGUCAAGAUCUUCAACGGCCAAAUCGACAUCCUCUUCAACAACGCCGCCUACCAGAUGGUAGUCGAUGACAUCAAGGACCUUUCAGAAGACCAGUGGAUCAACACCUUCAACACCAACAUUCACCCUUACUUCUACUUGGCCAAGUAUUCUCUGCCACACAUGAAGCGCGGAAGCACCAUUAUCAACAACGCCAGCAUCAACGCCUACGUCGGUCGUCCCGACCUUCUCGAUUACACUUCCACCAAGGGCGCAAUCGUGGCCUUCACCCGCGGUCUGAGCAAUCAGCAGGCUCCCAACGGUAUCCGCGUCAACGCUGUUGCCCCUGGACCCGUUGUGACACCUCUCAUCCCAUCUACCAUGAAGGAUGAGAACCAGAAGCAGUUCGGAUCCACCCCCUUGGGUCGUCCUGCUCAGCCAAGUGAGGUUGCUACUGCAGUGGUCUUCUUGGCAAGCGAAGAUAGCAGCGCUUUCAGUGGUCAAACGCUGCAUCCCAACAUGGGAACUGUUGUCAGCGGCUAAGUCGAAGACCGUGGUCAGUCACCAAAAGAGAAUCCGGAUGAGUCGACGUUGUAUUAUCAUGGGCCCUGGUUCAUGAGGAAGGGUGAAGAAGACAACCUGAACGGCGUGGGACUCGGUUGUUUGAGGAAGGAUAGGUGGGAUGAGAAAGGUAUCGACAUUCACAACGACACCUCUUGAUAACAUCGGUUUGAUUCAACUCCCACCGGAGAUCCACAUCGUCGAUACAUUCCUAGAAGAUCCAAUUGGUAUUACACUCGGAUAGUGAAUGGUAUCGAUACUAUCCAUUCACUCCGAGAAAAUAAGUAGCAUAGCCUGGCGUAAUGAAAAGUUUAUUAAUAUCA